AAGUACUAUUUUUAGUGUUGCUGACGAGACGCUGAUUGUGUUGUUGUUGAAUUGAAAUCGAUGAAGCUGUGAGAGCGCAAUUGUGACUGCAAUAUCAAGAAUCGUUUGCAGAAAUACGUACUUUCUACGUUGGAAACUUACUGGUGUGCUCCAUUGUUUUUACCAGCUGGCGGAGCCAUGUCAGAGAGCUCAAGUGACACAGAGUCCUCCUGUGGGUGGACUAUCAUAAGUAAUGAAGGUUCAGAUAUUGAGGCCCUGGGGCCAGAGAACGGCCUGGAAUGUGGAUCUGAUCUCCCAGAGAGCGUAGUGCUGGAGCCAGAGCUGCUGCAGGACCAACUCCCCGCUCUCUCUGCUGAGUUCACUGAGGAGAGGGGUGAGUCAUCUCUUAAUGCCACUCUAAAAGAAGAAACCUUAGAUGAGAUAUUGUUUGCUUCUGAGGCUGAAGGUGAGGUGGCCGGGGACGAGCAAGUGACUCUGUGCUCCUCCAGUGACCACUCUGACAUUGUGACUCUGGGGGACACGAGGGAGACUGAGCUCGGGCCUUGGGAUGAGCAGGCGGUGGAGGAGGAAGAGGGAGCAGUCAGUGAGGAGCUCUACCUGGGCACCUCCUCCAGCAGCCAGUACACCUUCAGUGCAGCAGAGACUGUUUUCCCUGCAGAGCAGCCUGUGGUUGCAGACUCCAGCAGCAGUGAGGAUGAGGGAGGAGAGCAGGUCACCCCAGUAAUGCGGAGGCGCAGGGUGAGGAAGAGCACCACUAGCUCUGUGGCUGAGCCUGGAGAGGAGGUGCAGGAGUCUGGCCACAUUGACCGAGAGGAGACUCUAGAGGAGGAGCAGAAGGAGGUACAGGAGGAGGUGCAGCAGGAACCUUGCGUUGCACCCCCACCUCAAGGCCAUGUCAGCACCACCCUUAACAAAUGUAUCAUACUAGCCCUCAUCAUCGCCAUCAGCAUGGGCAUUGGUCACUUCUAUGGAAAAUUUGAAGGCACAGUACAGGUUCAGGACAGGCAGAAGAUUGUGGAGAAGAUCUGUGGAGUGAACGACCUUAGUAAUUUGAGAGCUCUGCAGCCUCAGUGUCAUAAAGGACCCAAUGUCAUCAAUAAGGAUGUGGUUAAGAGUCUGAGAGAAGAUCUAAAGGACAAGAGUGACAUGAUGCUGUCCCUCACAGGGAUUAUGGACACGCUUACUAAAGAGAACCAGGAUCUCAGAUCCAAACAGGCCCAGCUACAGGCCCAGAAAGAAGACUUGGUCGUGAAACUGAAGCAGACUGGCGAGGAGAGGGUUAAGAUUGAGUCUAAGCAGAGUCACCUGAUGGUGGAGAACCAGCUGCUGAAGAGCUCCCUGGAGCGUGAGGAGGAGUCCCUGUCCACCCUUCAGGAGGAGCUGAGGAACCUGCGCUCCCAGAUCCGAGAACUGGAGGAGACUGGGGCCGGGGCCGACUCCAUACUCUCUGAGAACCAGAGGCUGAAGGACCACCUGGAGGAGGAGACGCAGCGCCUCCGCAGCUUCCUGAGCCAGCGGGAGGCCCUGAUGGCUGAGGCCCAGACACUGAGGAGGGAGCUGGAUAAUGAGCGGAGGGUGACUGACCAGCUUAGGGAGCAGCUGAGCAGCCUCAACACCAGGGCUGGAGGAGAGGUCGACCCGGAGACAGAGGAGCUGCAGUCACGGCUCAUGGAGUUACAGAAGAAGCUGAGCUUUGAGCAGCAGCGCUCUGACCUUUGGGAGAGGCUCUAUGUGGAAACCAAAGAGGAGAGGGCCAAGGGAGACAAGCAGGCCAAAGUCAAGAGGUCCAAGGAUGGCGUGAUAGGGAAGGUGAAAGACACUUUUGAUGCGGUGAAGAACUCCACCAAGGAGUUUGUGCACCAUCACAAAGAGCAGAUAACGAAAGCCAAAGAGGCUGUGAAGGAGAAUCUGAGGAAGUUCUCUGAUUCUGUGAAGUCCACCUUCCGCCACUUCAAGGACUCUGCUUCGCGUAUGAUGGACAAGACUUACCGGCCUCACGAUCGGAGGUUUCAUGAGAGGAAGGAAGCCAAGACAGAGCAGCAGGAGCAUCAUAGAGACCAUGGAAACAAGGACUCAGAGGAGGAACCAUGGCAGCCCAGAACCCACAAGCCCCUGCAUCGUCACCCUCGUAAAUCCACUGAUGACUCUUUCCAGGCACACCGUAACACCCGGAAGUCAGGGGGUAAAGUUGAGGAGGACCCAGAGGCUGAGCAACAACAAAGAGAAGUGCCCAAAGGUUGCUCUGGGGUUUUCGACUGUGCCUACCAAGAAUCCAUGAGCCUCUUCAACAAAGCCAUGGACCCCAUAAGAGCAGAUGAGUUCAACCAGCUGCUUCACAGCUACCUCCAGCAGGAGGUUGACCACUUCCACCACUGGACUGAGCUGGAGAGCUUUAUUAAAAAUUUCUUUCACAACGGCGUCUUCAUCCAUGAUCAGAUGCUGUUCACAGACUUUGUUAGUGGUGUGGAAGACUACCUGGAGGACAUGGAUGAGUACCAUGGCCACAACGAUGACGUCUUUGAAGAUCUUGAUGAGUAUGUCUACAGGCACUUCUUUGGAGAUACCUACUCAAAACGUUAUGGGUCAAGUAGACCCUUUGAAGUGCCAAAUACGGAUACGAAAGAAGAAAGAAUAGCCAAGCACCAGCAGCGCAAUCAGAGGGCCCGGCCCCGGUCACAAAGAGAGAGGAAGUGGAGCAGAGCAGGACGGAACACAGACAGACACAUGGCUGAUGUAAAAAUAGAGUUGGGUCCUAUGCCCUUUGAUCCCAAAUAUUGAGAAUAAUCUUACCUAAUGAAUCUGUUUUUAUAAUGGCUGAUAUUGUAGUUGCAAAUGCUAUUUAGGAUGUGUUUGAUGGAAAGCCUUUUCUCUUCUGUUUUUGUGAUUUUGCACAAUGUUCUUUUAAUGCUGCCGAAUGUCCCCUUGCUUCCUGUGUUGUGUAAGCAAUCCUUAGGUUAGUAGCAAUGGUGGUGUAUCUGACUGCAAUCUAAUCUCAUGCGCACAAGGAAAAUUAUUGCUGCAAUGAUAAAUAUGACUAACUACAGCAAGAAACAUGGGAAUGUUUAGUAAAUCUGACAGUAGCUAACUCUGUAGUACACAUUCAUUGUCAUCAGGUCAGCUGUUACAUGUUCAUGUUCUUUUUAAGAGCUGACUAAUUUGCACAACAUUUCUUAGUUUUGGGCCUUAAUUUAAAAAAUAAAUAAUAAUCUAUUACCAUUUUAAUUGUCUAAAUGUAGGCCUAAUGUGAAUGAAUAAUGAUUAAUUGGAUGGAUCCAACAAUGGAAAGAAAUAAAAUUUUGUCAGUGGCAUUGAGAAGUUAUGCACUGACAAAUACACUUUAAUUUCAAUUCCAAAUUGUCAUAAGGUGACAAAUUGAUAAUUGUGAGAUGAUGGCCGAAACAAUUGCUGACAAUGAUACUGUUGUGUGCAGUAAAACUUAAAAAGUAGCAAAACCACUGAGAAAUACUUGCAAGAAUGCAAGCUGGUUCCACAGUCGAUUUCUAUAAUUUGCUGCUACGUUACAUAUUUGUUUAAAAUGGUGAGAUAAAGUGCAACUGUGUUGUUGUUAAAUUUUUCAGUAACAUUCCAACUAUGGCUUGUUUUAUUAAGGCUGAUUUUAUUUCCUUUUCAUUUACUGAUGUGCUGUUGAAAAUGAAUUGCAGCUUCCCAAUAAAAUUAAAAAAGUGAAUAUUGA